AUGGCUAUCAAAAUGUUCUCUUUACUACUGGGGUCAGUUCUCCUGAGUUUAGUUGGUGCUCCUGAAUUGGAAUCCAUCCAAGUCCAAGUGCUCCAUGACCUCAACAGGGCACUCCAAACGGAGCUCAAUGUGUUUAUCGAUUUGGAUGGUUUCGAAAACUCAGAGAUACUCCACAUAUUGGACACCCCGAGAAUCCUACUCUCUUCCAACUCGAGCGCAGCUAGAGAUCUUCGAGUUCGAGGAAACUUCAAAGAGAGAGCUCUGAUCAUUGUAAGUCUAAUGAAAUCUGGACGCGAUGUGAAUCAAUUGGUUUUAAGACUUUUGCCACGAAUGUUGGACGAGCUCCAUGAGCUGCACAUAGUGUUCCUGGCCACUGAAGAACCAAGAUUUUCGCAGGAGGACCUCUACGCUUACUGCUUCAAGGAGGGAUUCGUGAACGUGAUUCUGCUGAGGGGGAAGAGCCUGUACAGCUACCUACCCUAUCCUCGCAUCCAACCGAUGAGUCUACCAAACGUAUCCGAGUAUUUCAAUCGCGCAAAGAUAAUCCGAGAUUUUCAAGGCUAUCCCCUGCGCAUACUGCGGACCGCACUGGCUCCGCGGGACUUCGAGUACUUCAACGACCAGGGUGACUUGGUGCGCGCCGGAUAUUUGUUCGCGGCGGUCAAGGAGCUGGCUAAUCGCUAUAACGCCACUAUCAUAAGUGUAGCCAAGCCCGUCCUGCCGGAUUACGAAGUGUACUUGGCUAUUUCCGAUAUGCUGCGCACAAAGAGGAUCGACAUUGUUUGCUACUUCAGAGAAUUACGUUCAAAAGUGGCCUACACAGCACCACUCUCGAUUGUCCGCGAGUACUUCAUAGCGCCCCACGCCCGUCCGAUUUCCAGUUACCUCUACUACUCGAAACCCUUCUCCUGGACCCUUUGGGUGGUCGUGAUCUCGACUGUGCUGUACGGCACCCUGAUGCUGCACCUGGCUGCGCGACGGGCGCGGGUCGAGAUGGGAAAGUGCCUGCUGUACAGCCUCAGCCACAUCCUGUACAACUGCCACCAGAAAAUCAGCGUGGCGGGCUGGCGGGACAUGGCUAUCCAUGGCAUACUAACGAUCGGAGGCUUCAUACUGACCAACGUCUACUUGGCCACGCUCUCCAGCAUCCUCACAUCCGGGCUGUACGACGGGGAGUACAACACGCUGGAAGAUCUGGUCAGCGCUCCCUAUCCCAGUCUGCACGACGAGUACUACAAGAGCCAGUUGCGGGCGAAGACCUUCCUGCCGGAGCGUCUGCGCAAGAACAGCAUGACCCUGAACGUCUCCCUGCUGAAUGCGUACCGGGAUGGCCUCAACCAGAGCUACAUCUACAUGCUGUACGAGGAUCGCCUGGAGCUGAUCCUGAUGCAGCAGUACCUGCUGAAGACGCCGCGCUUCAACAUGAUUCGCCAAUGUGUGGGCUACGCCCUCGAGUCCUUCUGCGUGUCCAUGAGCCUGCCGUACUUGGAGCUGACCAGUGAGUUCAUGAGGCGCCUGCAGGAGCACGGCAUCGGCAUCAAAAUGAAGGCGGACACUUUCCGGGAGCUCAUCCAUCAGGGAAUCUACACCCUGAUGCGGGAUGAUGAGCCGCCUGCUAAGGCAUUCGACCUGGACUAUUACUUGUUCGCCUUUGUUUUGUGGGCUGCGGGUUUGGGUUUGUCCCUGCUGGUAUUUUGCGCGGAGUUCGUAGGUAGACGGCUCUCAUGCAGGUAG